GCCUGAGGCGGGGCUGGCGAGGCGGAGCCAAUCGCGGCGGGCCUCAUUGCGGAGCGGGCCCGGGGGCGGGGCCGAGGGCCCGGCGUAGGCGGCGGUAGCGGCGGUGGCGGCUGAGUCGGGUCCGGUCCGGGGUUGCUCGGUGGCGGGCGCGGCGAUGCUGCAGCUGCGGGACUCGGUGGACUCGGCGGGCACAAGCCCCACGGCGCUGCUGGCGGCUGGCGAGGAAGUCGGGCCGGGCGGCAGCGUCGGUGGCGGCUGCGGCGGGGGGCGGCCGGGAAUUGGCACUCCGCUGCGACAGACGCUGUGGCCGCUCAAUGUCCAUGACCCCACGCGCCGCGCCCGCGUCAAGGAGUAUUUCGUGUUCCGGCAGCCCGGCACCAUCGAGCAGGCGGUGGAGGAGAUCCGCGUGGUGGUCCGGCCCGUGGAGGACGGCGACAUCCAGGGGGUGUGGCUGCUGACCGAGGUCGAUCACUGGAACAACGAAAAGGAGCGGCUGGUGCUCAUCACCGACCAGGCGCUGCUCAUCUGCAAAUACGACUUCAUCAGUCUGCAGUGCCAGCAGGUGGUCAGGGUAGCCUUAAACGCGGUGGACACCAUCUCCUACGGAGAAUUCCAGUUUCCCCCGAAAUCGCUCAACAAGCGAGAAGGUUUUGGGAUUCGCAUCCAGUGGGACAAGCAGAGCCGCCCGUCCUUCAUAAGCAGAUGGAAUCCCUGGUCCACCAAUGUGCCGUACACCACAUUCAUAGAGCACCCGAUGGCUGGCGUGGACGAGAAGACGGCCUCUCUGUGCCAAUUGGAUGGCUUCAAAGCUCUGUUAAUCCAAGCUGUCAAAAAAGCCCAGAAGGAGAGUCCUCUGCCGGGCCAGGCUGGCGGCGUGCUGGUCUUGGAGUGCCCCCUCCUCAUCGAGACCUAUGUGGGGCUGAUGUCCUUCAUCAACAAUGAGGCUAAGCUGGGCUAUUCCAUGACCAGAGGCAAAAUCGGCUUCUAGACGCCGCACGUGCACGCGGGUCUCUUCCCUGGGAGAGCCAGGCCGAAGGGACCCUGGGGGCGGUAGGUCUCUGGCCAGCUCCACUGCCGCUGGCAGGGUCCGAGCCCCUUACCUGUAGGGGUCUGGGCACGAUUAGCAUAGUCAGAUGGACCGUAUACUUUAGCUGGAUACUGGGCAUCUGGUCACGUGAGCUCCAGACAAAGCAGAAUGAAUCUUGCUGUCACCGUCCUGGCCAGUAUCUGCUUCCUAGAACCUCAGUUUCCGUGUCCCCCCGCUGGGGUCUCCAUCCGGCUUCCCGUGGUCCCUCCCACCCCAGCCCUGGAGCGUGUUAAUAAUAAACGUUGCGUGAUU